ACGACGAACUUUUGACAACUAUCCAGGCCUGAACGCCGGCGAGUUACCACAGCCAACCUAAUCCGCACUUCCGAUCUAAAACGGAAAUGGCUUUUUUCCAAUGGAAAGUAUAGAGAGAUUUCACCAUAGACAAAACCAAGACCUAGAGCGCCACAUUAGUCGUCCAUACGAAGCCGUGGCCUGUAUCGAAUUUCAGUUUUUAUCGGAGUUUCAAACAGUACAAAAUUCUAUAUUUUGCAUACUCGGCGAACGCGAGAUGACGCGACGUUCCUCUGUCGCGCGGGCACCAGCUUCCUUUCACAACUGCUCUAGCCACUUUCAGUGAGGCGACCGAAUAGGCCCCGCCCCCGUGUUUAGGUUAUUGGCGAGCUCGGGAGAAUUUUCGCGCUGGAAGCUGGGCGCCAUCGGAGUGCGACAUUUUCCUUUUCGUGGCCCCGCCCCUCAUUAGCUUGUGUUUGAAGAAUUUAGCACGGUUGCUGUGGAUUUUGGUACGUAAUCAACGUGCGACGAAUUACUUUCUUGCAUCCUUUGGAAGAGUCGUGGACGUUGGCAAAGGUGAUCUUUAGGAGCAUGGCGGGUGUAGGAUUUGAAGAAUUCUCAGUGCCUCCUGGCUCAGAACUGGCACUUCCCCCUCUUUUUGGUGGUAAUAUUCUUGAGAGUGAGCUAGAGACAGAAGUGGAAUUUGCUGAUGGAGGGCUGCAGGAGGAGGAGGAAGAGGAAGGAGUGUUGCGGCAGCAGGAAAUGACACGACGUAAAUGCCAGGCACUUGCUCGGCACUGUAAGGAAUUAGAGCAGGUGAAUGAGAGGAUGUUAAAUCGGCUGCAUCAGGUCCAGAGAAUAACACUGAGGCUCAAACAGGAAAGGAGGUCUCUCAUGAGAGUGCUGGACUCCUAUGGUGAUGACUAUAGGCAGGGCCACCUUGAUAUAGUUCUGGAGGAUGAAGGAAACCACAGCAUGGAUGCCUCCACACCAGGCAACACAGAAAAUGAACCUCCUGAGAAAGAGACCCCUAAGCGCCUUCCAGGGCCUUUAACUACCCAAGAAACUGAGAGUCCCUCACCUACUGAGGGGCCAACCAGUAAGAAGCGCCGGCGCCAUGUGCGAGAGGAAAAGGAAGCAAGGUUGCGGCGAGCAGCACCAGCCUUACUUCCCAUGGAAGAAUUCCCAACUCAGAUAAAGACUGAAGAGGAUUUCCACUGUGAGCAAGAGGAUGUCUUAGCACCUACGUGGCAGCAGUCUAGUCCUCAGGACAAGUUACUUCAUUAUCCCAAGUUCUCUAGUCCUGGAGCUUGUUCUGAUUUUGACUGAAGCUGGAUCUCUCAAUGGCUCCCUUGCCAAACCUCAAGGGGAGAUUUUUAUAUACCUGCACUUCAAUCACCUUUUCCUAGAUUAAGAGUACUCUGUUCUCCCAUGAAGAUCCUGUAAGUGUGCAUCUCUUCAUUUUUAAGGGACAGAAAAAUGGACCAUGCAACUUUUACCUGAUCAGAACUGAGCCAGUGUUGCUUAGGGAAACUCUAGACUAACAGUCAACUGCACUACAUUUUGUGAAAUGAUAAAACUCGACAGUCAAUGUGUAAUAGAAUUAUUCAAGCCAGUAUAUAUUAAAAUGUGAAUGGAUUCUG